AUGGGCGGGGCAGAGGGCGGAGGGGCCGGAAGUGGGUUGUCGUAACCCGGAAGGGGAAUCCUUUCCUGGCUGUUGUGUUGAUAUUUUCAAGCUGUUUCUGUUUCUGCAGCCAAGGGAACCGUCGGGGAAGGAUGGUGUGCGAAAAAUGUGAAAAGAAACUUGGUACUGUUAUCACUCCAGACACAUGGAAAGACGGUGCAAGGAAUACCACAGAAAGUGGCGGAAGAAAGCUGAAUGAAAAUAAAGCUUUGACUUCAAAAAAAGCAAGAUUCGAUCCAUAUGGAAAGAAUAAGUUCUCCACUUGCAGAAUUUGUAAAAGUUCUGUGCACCAACCGGGUUCUCAUUACUGUCAGGGCUGUGCCUACAAAAAGGGCAUCUGUGCAAUGUGUGGAAAAAAGGUUUUGGAUACCAAAAACUACAAGCAAACAUCGGUGUAGAUGUUUGAUGACGUUUCCAGCUUUCAACGUGAUUUUACUUUUUGCUUUGAAUUUUCGAGGCAUAACAAAGGUGUUCAAGUUCCAAAAUAACACAUUUUAAGACAAUAUAAAACCGAGGAAGUUGAUUGGUAUUCAUUUUUUUGCUGUUAAAAAGUUCUAAACGACAACGUAACCUCCUGCCUUAGUUCUUUCCCUCACAAGCAUCUUAUUGAACCAGAGUAAGUGGCAAAUUUAGUGAAAAAUAUUUUCCCAUUUCUGUGGAUGCUUUUUAUUUAUCAUUAUUCAUAUAAUUCUUAUUCUCACUCACUAUUUAUAGAUAUCACAAAAGUGAGGAGAUUAGUGAUUGAUAUUUUGCUCUGAACUUUGCGUCAGACUUAUAACUAACUCUUCCUUCAUUCCCUUGUUGGUGCAUAGUUCUUAGAAUCGAUAGUCUCUUUAUUAAUUAUAGGUUCACAGGGCAUUGAAAUAUCCGAGACCGUGGUAGCUGGUUAGCUCCUUAGUCAUUAGCCCAGGCGCAAAUCACAAGUUGUAUUUAUGAUACUUUUUAUUUGUUCUUGAAGCCGAAGUGCCAAUACCUUUUGAGAACACAAGGGUCACCCCGUGUGUGUCCAAACCAGUAUGCUGAACUUCAGAAAAAUACAUCUUAUGCACAUUACCUUGAAUUCAAACUGUCAUGAAAGCCAAGAAAACAGUGUUCAUCCAUGGGAAUGUGUAAUGAAUGAGUUACUAUUUAGGAAAACUCCUCGAAGCAAAAACCAAACUUUUUUUUACCUCCCCUCCCCACCCACCAAAAAUAAAUAGAACAAAGCCAA